GCCGCCACCGCCACCGCCACCGCCGCUGUCUUUCUCUGUCUCCACUAAGGCAGCCAUCUUACUCUUGCCGCGUGCUGGUGUUGGAAGAACCUCCCUGCUUCAGAUCUACCAACAGCAUGAAUCAAGAGAAGUUAGCCAAGCUUCAGGCUCAGGUCCGGAUAGGGGGCAAGCUCAGCUUGGAAGAGAGAUGUACUGACAGUUACACUACAGAAUCAGAAAUAUUAAAAUGAAGCACAAGGUACUCUUGCCUAGGAGAGACAAGAAAGUCAUCACUGAGCUGAGAUUUGAAGAAUAAACAAGAAGUUAUCACAGGGGUACAGCUCGCAGAAAGAAGAAGGUGGUACAUAGAACAGCUACAGCUGAUGACAAAAAACUUCAGAGUUCUCUAAAAAAACUGGCUGUGAAUAAUAUAGCUGGUAUUGAAGAGGUGAACAUGAUUAAAGAUGAUGGGACAGUUAUUCAUUUCAACAAUCCCAAAGUCCAGGCUUCCCUUUCUGCUAAUACCUUUGCAAUUACUGGCCAUGCAGAAGCAAAACCAAUCACAGAAAUGCUUCCUGGAAUAUUAAGUCAACUUGGUGCUGAUAGCUUAACAAGUCUUAGGAAGUUAGCUGAACAGUUCCCUCGGCAAGUUUUGGAUAGCAAAGCACCGAAGCCAGAAGACAUUGAUGAAGAAGAUGAUGAUGUUCCAGAUCUUGUAGAAAAUUUUGAUGAGAACUCAAAGAAUGAAGCUAACUAAAAUAUUUUCUGGUUUUUGGAAGCAGGCAUGGACUAGAUUUAACAAAUCAGCUAUGUGGUUCCAAAGUUUUACAGACAUGGAGAACAUCAACUGUUACUAGUUCAGUAAUAUAAAUAUUUUGUAUAUUAAUGAUGCUGUUUGUUCAGCAUUUUUCAGUCAUUUAUUUUGCAUUUUGCACUUACUCCCAAGAUCUGUUCUUUUGGUCAAAAUAUGAAGUAUUGGUGCAGUUUUAGGGUAUUUUGGUUUUUGAUUCUUUUUUGGGGGGGAAUAUUUUGGUGUGUGUAUGUGUUUAUAUGCGUGUGGGUAUGUGUGUAUACAGUGGAGAGCAAAUUGGAAAACAGUUCUAUUUAUCCUGCUCCUUUCCCCAGUAGAAAUAAAAUAAAUCUUUCCAUUUGUUACUUUUUAUUUUUUUCUAACAAUGCGCAGAAUUAAUGAAAAGUGAGUAUCUUGGAUUUCAAAUCUGAGGAGCUUUUACCAUUGGAAGUUUAGUUUUAAUUUGCUCGGUUAACAUUUUUUCCUUCAUUUCUCUGGGUUUAAAAUAUCUUGAGGUAUUUUGUCACCAGCUUCAUGCUGGCAUAAUGUAUAUUUCUUCUACUAGCUCUCUUCCUAAAUGCCUCUUUCCCUCUCCUCUUGGUCUCCAAAUGGCUUGGUCAGCCUGUGGUAAUGCUGUUCCUCAUCUUCCACCUAGUCUGAGACGGAUGUUCUCCAUAGAGUUUAGUGAGUGCCCAAUCCCUCUUUUGCAAUUCUUCUUGAGGAAAAACAGCUUCAUCUUCAACCUUUUAUUUCCCCCUUGAUUUUAUAGCUUGGUAGAUUUCAAACUGGAAUAGCUAGCAUGUGCUUGCUAAAUAAUUUUAUGCCAGCCUUAUCCUUUAUCCUAGCUGUUCUUAAUAGCAGGUGUAAAAAUGCCUCUUUUUCAACAAGGUUGAAAUUGGGAAUGUCCUUCUGAAUCAGAAAAAAAAUAGGCCAUAGACUCAUCCCACAGCACAAAUGGGCAUUCUGUGAAAUGGUACUGGCCUUAGGAGGAUUUCUUCAACUACUCUCCUACUCUUGGCCUUGAACCUACCUCUGGAUUAGGUCUUACUAUUAAAGCUGCUCACAGCAUCCUCCUGCAUGCCUAGAGUAAUGCUUUUGGGGGAAAACUGGUAAAACACUACUUAUUUUUUCACCUCCUUUCAGAGGACUUGGAGGUAAGUUGCAUAUGUUCUUUCAAGUUUUCCUCUUGCUGUCUGAUGGUGAAAGCUUGCAUUUUGCUAUAUCAGCAUUUGUUAUAGCCAAUAUUUAAGGAUAAGAUUUAGAAAACCUAUCAUUUCCUGGCCCAUCAAACUAACUGUGGCUUAACCUUACAGCAUAUCAACUUUUGUUUCAAGCUUGAUAUCUUCAUUUGAUAUCUAAAGUGCAAAACCAGCAACAUAUCAAGAGAUCUAUAGACAUGAAGGCAAAGCGCUUGUGUUUUUUUCUUCUAGACACCUCAAUUUAUUUUAUAAAUUUGUUCGUUUUUCCUGUUAUGUUUUAUAUAAUAUAUGGACUUAACUGCAAAAUAAAAUAAAGGUAAUAAAAUAACAAA